GAAAUAUAAAGUUGGCAUUCUAUUGUUGUAGGAUUAUUCGAUUUCAAUUCACGGUGGAUCAAGUUCGAUUAUGAAUUCAGUGGUGGUAUAUUAUUGUUUAUUUUUUGCAUAUUACUAUAGUGUGGGUAAAACAUUGCCGCUAAAUGGUGAAUCUGCAACUGCGAAGACAGAAAAAAGGUCAAUGAAAUUAAGGAAUGAAUUACAAAUUCAAUCUACUACUGUAAAUAAUAUUAUACUAGGAACGCAUAAUGUGGAUGUCUUGGCAAAAUCAAAUAACCGUGUUAAAAGGCAGAGUGGCGCAGCUGCAGCCAAAUGGGUGGAAGUGGCACAAAUGCCUCUGAUCAAGCUGGUUCGUCUAUUUCUACAAGUGUUCAAGAACACGUGGGACAAUGUUGUACAUCGGUGGCUCUUAUCCUUUACAUCCUAACAACGUGGCCAAAACAUUUGUGGGACUUUUCAAACGGAAUAUUGUUGAGUUCUUCAUUCCAGAUAU